UAUCUUUGCCUCAUUUGCCUGUCAAAAAGACGAAACAAACGAAAGUCUGUUUCUCGGAUUUGUAAACAAACCUCCGUAUCACAAUAUCUUUUGAUGCCGUGGUUAAUAGUACUGUAUUAAAACCUAUUAGAUGGUAACUAUGGACGAGUUAAAGUUAGAAAUUGUAGCGGACUCGUGCUGUGUGUGUGGAAAUGUUAGCGACUUGCAGUCGCCAGAAGAAUAUGACACGGAAGCUCCACCGGGACAAACGCCGCUGAGGAUGAUGCUACUACAUCUUAACAACAACAAGGUAGUACCUGAAGGUCGACUGUGCUCAAGCUGUAUCCAACGUACACUAGAAGCUUAUGAAUUCAGUACUGCACUCUCCUCAAGUGGAGUACCGCCUCUUAGUGAGAAGAUCAGAUCACUCAGGAGAAAACUUCAUGAACUCACACAGAAAAUAGAUGUCUUCAUAGUAGUGGGAGGUUCUAGCUUAGCAUCUGGAGGAUGUUACAAUGAAGAAGACAUCAUCAUGGUUGACAAAGCAGCCUUGGCAGCUGCUGCUAAAGCUGAUGAUGAGGAGUUGGAAAGGGCCAGAAAUGCAAGAGGAGAUACUGUAUAUCAGUGUACAGUUUGUCCAGCUUCAUUUCAACGUGUGAGCGAGUACCGCACUCACGUGGAGUCUCACGGCAGGGCAGCGUCACACGCGUGCUGGACGUGCGGGGCACAGUUCGCGACGCGCACCGCUCUUCACGAUCAUCUGGCUUCUCACGCCGAUACCACUGACAACACUUGCUAUGUCUGCGGGACUACAUUCCAGCGGCAGUCGGAGCUGCGUCGGCACGAGGCGGCGUGCGCGUGCCGGUGCCCGUCGUGCGGCGCCGAGCUGGCGGACCGCGCGGCGCUGUCGGCGCACGCGGCGGCGGCGCACGGCGUGACGUCACGCGGCCGCCCGCUGUGCCCGUGCUGCUUCCGCUCCUUCCCGGACGGGGAGCUGCUGGCCGCCCACCUGCUGCGGCACCGGCAGGCCAAGCAGUUCGUCUGCGGAUACGACUCGUGCAUCCUUCGGUUUGCGGCCAGGAGCAGCCUGCUGGCGCACGUCCGCAAGUGCCACGGCGCCGAGCUGCCGGCCGAGCCCGCGCCGCCCCGCCCGCCCGGCGCCGCGUGCCGCCACUGCAGCCGCACGUUCGGUUCCGUGGCGGCCAUGAAACGUCACGCGCGCGUGCACCGCGACGACCGCGCCUCCCCGGACCUGAAGGACGAGUUGGGUGCCGAGUCCCAGGAGGAGGGCGACGAAGGCGAGGUGGAGUACCUCGAAGUGGAGACCCUGGAGGACGGAGAGGUCGACGAGAGUGUGCAGUGACACCAGGCUCCAGGCGGACACUUCAGA